AUGAUAUCUCUUUCAGUUAAAAAGGAGCAGGAUACUGAAGCAAUUAUUCAAGCUCUAAAUCAACGAAUCGGUGAAUACAGGAAAUAUCUUGUCAGGCACAGUAAGAGCACCUAUCUUGGUAAAAAAGCGUUAUCCUCUGUGGAAAUUUUAACUAAAGAACUGGCGGAGAUAAAACAAAUGAACAAAACAAAAACACCUCCGGCAAUCCCAUCUUGCGUAUCAAUCGAGAUUAUAAGCAAUGGCACAACUCACCUUAGACCAUGUGUCGUUAUACAUACAAAUUACAAGGAUUAUUUGUUUAACUGUCCGGAAGGCACUUCACGAUUUCUAGCUGCGAAUCGUUUGAAAGCUAUAAAUCUUACUGAUAUCUUCUUUACAAGAGAUACUUGGGAACAUUUUGCCGGCGUAUCUGGAUUGCUCAAAACACCAGUAGCGUCAUCGUCAUCCAAACUAGAACGAGUUAUCAGGUUGCAUGGUUCUCAUAACAAGACGAAGUAUUUUGAGUCCCAGAAUGAUCACACUGAUGCUGAUUUCCCGUCAACUAUAACCACUAAGCUUGAUAUAGCAUUCCUGGUUGAAUUGAAGCCGCCGCAAAGGUCCUUGGAUAUCCAAAAAAUUAAGAAGCUAAAAAUUCCUAGUGGUCCUCACAUGAAGCAACUGAAAGAUGGGGAAAAUAUAACGCUGUCUGAUGGACGUUUUAUCAAGGCAGAAGAAGUUUUAAGCGAUUUAAAGGCUAAGCCACAAUAUGCUUGUCUUAUCGUUGAAUGCAGUGAUCUAAGAAAACUGCCAUCAUUGCAGAAUAAUACUCUGCUUCGAGAUUACAAUAUACGAAACAAAACUUUGCGGUAUGUCGUCCAUUUUACUGAAAAUUCAGUGCUGAUUAAUGACGAAUACAAAUCUUGGAUGGCUUCAUUUGGUCAAAGUGUGGAGCACAUCAUUGUCAAUGGCACUGGUCCAUGUCUACCUCACAUGGAGGCGGUGUAUCGUAUUAAUGUUAUCUUGAAUCACAUUUGUCCAAAGUUGUUCCCUCUUCUGCAUCCAAAAGGAUUCAGUGGUACUAUACAGCAGGAUGAUGAUUGUGAAAGGAGCGGUAACUAUCUUUAUGUUAGGCCAUUCCAACGAUAUUUUUUGCGCAGGCCUGUCAAUUUGGAUUCAUCACCUCCCAAUGUGUCGUUAAUUCUGACUGAUUUGUUGCUGCAACUCAAAGAAAACUCAGCAACUUCUGAAGCCAUUAAUUUGUUCAUGCGUAAUUCAUCAAAUCUACUAGAAAACGAAGACAGCUGGCCUCGGAUUUGUUUUCUUGGUACAUCGUCAGCCGUACCUACUAAUUUCCGUAAUGUUAGCGCAUAUUUUCUUCAAUUUAACGAAAAUUCUUGUAUAUUUGUUGAUUGUGGCGAAGGAUCAUACGGUCAGUUACGCACUUUAUUUGGUGAUGUAGUCUGUGAAGAUUUGUUGUUGAAAUUAAAUGCAGUUUUCAUUACACACGGUCAUCAGGAUCACUAUCAUGGGAUUUUCACAAUUGUUCAGUGUCGGAAAAAAUUAUUUGUGAAAAGAGGUUUGACAUAUAAACCGUUAGUUGUGAUUGGUGGAAAUCAUGUUUUGAAAGUUUUCCGUGAUAUUGAUCGUAGUUUUGGUAAUUAUACACGAGAUAUGCAUAUUGUGGACAUCUCUAAGAUAUUGUGGACACUUUCCCAAGAGAAAGGAGGUCCAGUAGAGGCGGCUGAUUUGACUGGUCAAAUGCCUCCGGAAAUUGUAAAUGUAAAAAGUCUUGGAUUCAAAAGUAUCAUUGCGGUUAAGGUGAAUCAUGCAAGAACUGCUGUUGGUUAUAUAUUUACCGAUUUGAAUAACCGAAAAUUUGUGUUCUCCGGAGACACAAUGCCUUGUGAGCAGCUUGUGAAUCAUGGGAAAGAUGCACUAGUUCUUGUUCAUGAGUCGACUUUUGCGGAUGAUGAAGAGGCACAUGCUCUAUAUAAGAAACAUAGUACAAUGAAGCAAGCUUUUGAUGUUGCUACACGAAUGGGCGCGAAGAAUUUGGUGCUAACACAUUUUAGUGCUAAGUAUCCGAAGGUACCACCGUUACCAGAUUAUAUCGAAAAAGCGGGUAAUGUUACCAUUGCGAUGGACAAUAUGAUUGUUACACCAAGUGAUCUGAAACUUUCAGCAAAACUUAUCCCGGUUCUCCGAACAGUUUUCGCGAAAGAAAUUAUCGAAAUAAUGCAGCGAUCUUUGAAAAGACAUAUUCAAGAAGACAUACUUGCGCGAAGAUUUGUUGAUACUCUUGGCGGUACGGUGCAAAAGAAAAAAGCGUCCGGAAAUUUAGCCUUUUCAGAUUCCAUUCCAUCAAUUCGUUGGUUUGAUUAUUUUCGUACUAGAAUAAAUAUGCAGAACGGUGAUGUGAAAAGGCCUGGCAGGAUAGUAAGAUAUAAACCUGUGGAUCCGCAAUCAUGUCUUUCGCUUACAGAUGACCCAAUCCCUGAAUACAUGAAUGUGUUAGGAAUGGUUUUUAGUAUGUGUGGAUUAAUGAUGAGAAUGAAAUGGUGCGCCUGGGUCGCACUUCUAUGUUCCUGUGUUAGUUUUGCGAAUGCGAGGACGAGCGAUGAUGCAAAACAAAUUGUUAGCAGUUUCAUGCUUUCAAUUUCCGCUAUUGUUAUGAGUUACUUGCAAAAUCCGCAACCGAUCAUACCGCCAUGGGCCAACUUGUUAUAGCAGCAGCGACUCAGUAAUGUACAAUCAGUUACUGAAGUCGUGCAUGAGUGUUGUUUGGCGCCAAUUACCGAUUACUAUUAAAAAUACGGCUUCUGUGUCUAAACGGUAUCUUCUCAAUUUCAUAGAUGCGAACCUUUGUAUUAUUGAAAUUUUUGUGUGCAAAAACCAG